AUGUCAAACACAAUCUUAAAAGAAACAAAACCAAAAUGUCAAGCCUUGGCGAAAUGUUGUUCAAGCAAAGAUUAUUCAAAGGCACUCUCAUUGAUGGCCGUGAAUUUUUCUAUUGAUCCAUUACCUGUUAUGUUUUCUGCAUGCCUUGGUUCACUUGAUCCUAGUCACCUUGCCAAAACAUGUCCAUCGGCAUUAAAAUUCAGUUCUCCGUUAGCAUUUGAGCCUGACUCUGACACAGAUGAUGAUAAUUCGAAUCCAUUUAUUGCACAACUAAACAAAUCUCGUGAACCGAUACGAGAUAUCCUUCAAAAUAUAGCCCGUGUAUGCAAAUCAAAUGAAGCUUAUUCAUACAUAUGUCUGUCGAACAAGAAAUUAUUACAAACAUGCGUCAAGAAAAUUCUAGAAAAACAAUUGAAUACUAAUGGAAUGAAAAAUUAUAAAGAAUUAACGAAUAAUUAUAAAAAUGCAUUUAAUAGUAUCAACAUACUUAUGGAAAUGGUGAAAUCAAUAGCCAGUAUUCAAUCAUAA